AUGGUCCAGAUCAAGCGUGCGCAGGAGACCGGGGCGGCGGACCCAAUCCUGACCCGCAUCUCGGAGGAAGACAAGGUGCCGUGGUACCAGAAGCCGAACCUGCGAUACCUCUACCUCAUGCUCUUCCCAACGUGCAUGGGUAUCGAGUUGACGUCUGGUUUCGAUUCGCAAAUGAUCAACGCGUUGCAGAUCGUGCCAUCGUGGAAAGAGUACUUUGGAGAUCCGCAGGGCAGUCUGAAGGGCAUCAUCGCCGCUGCGUACUCCCUUGGCGCCAUUCUAUCUCUUCCCUUUAUCCCCAUCGUGAACGACAGGUUUGGACGAAGAUGGUCCAUCUUUGGCGGCAGCUUGGUCAUGGUUGUUGGAGCCCUCAUCCAGGGUUUCUCUCAGCAUGUUGGCAUGUACAUCGUUGCCCGCAUGAUCCUCGGCUUUGGUAUCCCGACAUGUAUCGUCUCCGGCUCAUCUCUCAUUGGUGAAUUGAGUUAUCCCAAGGAACGUCCUGUUUUGACGUCUCUCUUCAACGUCGCGUACUUCGUUGGUCAAAUCGUGGCCGCCGGUAUCUGCUUCGGCACCAACAACAUCGCAAGCAACUGGGCGUGGAGAAUCCCCUCUCUCCUUCAAAUCUGCCCUUCUCUUUUGCAAAUCACCUUUGUCUUCUUCCUUCCGGAGAGUCCCCGAUGGCUCAUCACCAGAGACCGUAGCGAAGAAGCACACGACAUCCUCAUCAAGUACCACGCCGAGGGAGACCGCGACUCCGAGUUCGUCAAGGCCGAGAUGGCGCAGAUGAAGACCGUCAUUACCCUCGAGAUGGAAGCUUCCAAGCAGUCGUGGAUGGACCUCCUCAACACGGCCGGUAUGCGCCGCCGUGCUCUCAUCUCUUCCAUGUUGGGCCUCUUCACUCAGUGGUCCGGCAACACGCUCAUCUCAUACUACUUGGGUGACCUGCUCCAGAUGAUCGGCUUGACCGACUCCACCAUUAAGCAAAAGAUCAACCUUGGCAUCGCCGGCUGGUCACUCGUCUGCGGCUUCACCGUAGCCAUGCUCGUGCGAACUUUCCGCCGUCGCGUGAUGUACCUAGCUUGCACAAUCUCACUGGUAUGUCUCUUCCAACACCUCAACCAGUCCGCCUCCGUCGCGACAAUCUUCUUCAUCUUCAUGUACUCGCCCUGCUACAACAUCGGCUACAAUGCCCUGACGUACACCUACCUCGUUGAGCUGUGGCCCUACGCCCUGCGGUCGCGCGGUAUCUCGCUCUUCCAGCUCUUUGGCAGGUUGGCAGGCUUCUUCACGACCUUCGUCAACCCCAUUGGCAUCAAGGACGCAUCGUGGCGGUAUCUCAUCAGCUACUGUGUCUGGCUCGCCUUUGAGGUUGUGUUUGUGUACUUUAUGUUCCCCGAGACUGCGGGACGCACGCUUGAGGAGUUGGCUUUCUUGUUUGAGGACAAGGCUCUUGCCGAUCAGGCUGUUGGUGCUGUCGAGAAAGUUAUUCAUCAUGAUGACAUGGACACUAUUGGUGAGGUCAAGAGCGGAGGCGGCAACACUGAAGUCGUUGAGAAUGUCGGUGCCAAAUCGAGGGUCUAA